AUGGUUCAGAUCGCAGUUGCAGGUGGCUCUGGACAAGUCGCUAGAGAAAUCAUCGACGUGCUGAGAGCUUCAGGCAAGCAUGAAAUCACUAUCCUCAGCCGAAAUAAGGUUCGAUCAGAGGAUGCUAUCGUGCCUGGAGUCAACUGGCAGGUUGUUGAUUACGAAAACAAACAAAAUUUGGUGAAGGCCUUGCGAGGAUCACACACUCUUCUGUCUUUCGUCCAACUUCUUUCGGACCCGGAAAAUCAGUCCCAGAAGAAUCUGAUUGAUGCUGCUAUCGACGCAGGUGUGAAACGUUUCGCACCGAGUGAAUACGGAAGCGCAGGGACGGUUAAUAUGCCUUGGUGGUCGGGUAAAGAAGAAAUUCGGAAGUAUUUGAGAAAGGCCAACGAGAACGGAAAGGUGCUUGAGUACACCCUCUUCCACCCCGGCCUCUUCAUGGACUAUCUGGCGUCACCUUACAAAACCGCAAGACACGUUGACCCACUUGAAACUGUCUUUGACUUCCAGAACCGCCGCGCGAUUGUGGUCGAUGGACAUGAGGACGCCAUCAUGACUCUGACCACAGCUGCUGACCUUGCUGCGGUUGUUGCGCGGGCAGUCGAUUAUGAUGGCGAGUGGCCCGAAAUCGGCGGCAUCAGGGGAAAUCGUAUGACCUUCUCGCAAAUAAUCGAGAUUGGCGAGAAGAUCCGAGUGAAACCCCAAGACCUGGAAGCUGGGGUUCUGGACACAUCUUGGGCCUUGAGGAAGAGACACCGAGCUGUCACCGACGAGCAAUCCUCUGAUCUCUUCACGAAGGUGCCCAUCGGUAUCCUCCUUAGCAGUGUCAAGGGUUCGUGGGAUGUUUCGGAUGAAUUCAACCAGCUGUUCCCGGACUAUAAGUUCAGAGAGGUCGAAGAGUUUCUUGCCAAGGUCUGGGAUGGGAAGCCGUGA